AUGGCAGGAUCAAGCUCUUCUGAGCUUCGUACACCAGUUUUCAAUGGAGAAAACUAUGAGUUUUGGAGCAUUCGAAUGAAGACCAUUCUGAAAUCUCAUGGACUAUCCAAAGAAAAAAAAGGAAAGGAAGAAGGAUCUAAAGCUGCUGAAGAAGAGAAGUCUACAUCGGCUGAGAUUUUGAUGAAAGAUGCUCGUGCACUUGGACUGAUCCAAGGUGCAGUCUCAGACCAAAUUUUUCCCAGAAUAGUGAAUGAAGAAACCUCAAAAGGUGCAUGGGAUAUUCUGAAGCAGGAGUUUAGAGGCGAUAAACAGGUACGAAGUGUGAAGCUACAAGGCUUACGUAGAGAGUUUGAAUACACUCGUAUGAAGGAUAGUGAGUCAUUCUCUAGUUAUGUUGCUAAACUGUUUGAUCUAAUUAAUCAAAUGAAAAGUUAUGGUGAAGAGUUAACUAAAGAAAGAGUUGUGCAGAAAUUGCUUAUUAGCUUGCCUAGAUCUUAUGACUCUAUAUGUUCUGUGAUUGAGCAUUCAAAGGAUCUUGACACUCUUGAAAUUCAAGAAGUGGUUGCGUCUCUCAAGAACUUUGAACUCAGGUUGGAUAGGCACACUGAAAAUUCCACAGAAAAGGCUUUUACUAGCCUGAACAUAGAGAGUAAAAGCUCUAAGAAUGGAAGUUCUUCUGGAGGUAACAACAAGUCUCAGAGGAACUGGAAGGGAAAAUGGGAAGAAUUGGAAUAA